AUGGAUUUUCCCAGAGAAGGUUUAUCAAGCAGCAGACCACCAGCUUUAAACAGUGCAAAUUACUCUUAUUGGAAGGCUAGAAUGAGAGUAUAUAUUAUGUCCCAAGGUGAAAGAGUAUGGAGAUCAGUAGAAGAAGGGUGGGUGCCACCUACCAAUGAACAAGGAGAAAAGAAACUUAAAAGGGAGUGGUCUGAGGAAGAAAUCAAAGAAGCUGACUUUAAUUCAAAAGCCAUGAACUCUAUUUAUGGAGCAGUAAGUGAAGAAACAUUCAAACUAAUAUCAAACACUGAAAUAGCCAAAGAAGCCUGGACAAUCUUAUGCAAUCAUCAUGAAGGCAAUACUAUUGUCAAACAGUCAAAACUACAGAUGAUCCAGACUCAAUUUGAAACCUUGAAAAUGGAGGAAAACGAAAAUAUCACACAAUUCAAUGCAAAGAUCCUCGACAUAGCCGGAGCAGCAUAUAAUUUAGGAGAACCCUUUCCCGAACCAAAAUUGGUCAAAAAGGUACUCAGAUCUUUACCUGAAAGGUUCCUCAUGAAAGUCACUGCCAUACAAGAAAGCACAAACCUAGACACAUACAAACUUAGUGACCUGAUGGGAAACUUGCAAACAUACGAACUUGAGAUGCUUCAAAGAAAACCAAACAUGUCAAGCAAAGGAAUUGCACUACAAACUACACAGUCUACCGAUUCAGAUGAUGACACACAGAACAUAGAAGAAACCAUUGCUCUUCUCACUAAGAAUUUCAAUAAAGUGGUUAAGAAAUUCAACAAGUUCAGAAGUAAAAACAAGAACUUCACAAACACCAAUGGAAACAACUCAAAUUCACAACCACGCAUAUUUGAGAACCAGAAAAAGGGGAAAUCUUCUCAAAACGUCGAUGGGAUACAAUGCUACGAAUGCAAAGGAUACGGACACAUCCAAUCAGAAUGUGCGACAUACCUGAAAAGGAAGAACAAAACCUACGUCACCACACUUAGUGAUGACUCUGACAGCGAAAAUGAAAACUCAAAUUUCGUUGCUUUCACCACUAGACAAGAAGAGGAAGACACUACCCAAGAGGACAUUCAAGGGUUAUUCGAAGCAUACACAGUAUUACAAUCAAAAUGGCAAGAACUUAUUAGGGUUAAUACGGAGCUCAUGCAAAAGAACCGUGAUUUACAAACUGAAAAGGAAAGAGAGAUACGAGAUCAUCAGGAAACAAAAAAGGAACUGAAGAAACUUCAAGAAAAAGAAAAAGAUCUUAUAGAGAGAGAAAACUUCCAGGAAACUGAACAUACUGAUAAAAGACAAUCAGAAAAUCCAGAGAUGUUUCAACAACGUUUCCAACAUCGAAGGAUCAGGUGCUAUUAUUGCCACAAACCAGGUCAUAUUAAAGCACACUGCUGGUUUAGACAAAAUUAUAUUAUGAGGAGACAAUCACAAACCAGAAAGGUAUGGGUCAGAAAAAAUCAAACACAAACAGUUGCCCUCACCUCCAAAACAGAAAAGAAUACCGAAAUCUGGUACUUUGAUAGUGGAUGCUCACGUCACAUGACUGGGAAAUCAGAACAUCUGAUCAACAUACUACCAAAAGAAGGAGGACAUGUUACAUUUGGAGAUGGAGGAAAAGGCCAAAUUAUUGGAAGCGGAACAUUAAAUGUAACCGGUUUACCACAACUUACUCAAGUCUUCCUGGUAAAAGGACUUAAGGCAAACCUAAUCAGUAUUAGUCAACUAUGCGAUGAUAAUCUACAAGUAAAAUUCUCCAAAGACAGUUGCCAUGUAUAUGACCAAAACAAUCAAUGCAUGAUGCAAGGAAAUAGAUCAUAA